AUGUUUCGUGUAGUUUCGUUUGGAACACUUGCAACGGACCCGCGUUUCUUCCGUCAGAAUACUCGGGGGACGUUACCAUACCCAGUUGGCUAUACUAUUGAACGAAGUGUUUUUAACAAUAGUGGAAAUGGUCGACAGCCGCGUACCAAAAUUUUACUCCCUGGUGAAGCAGGUGCUAGUGAACAUUUUCCUGAAGUAUACUAUAAAGCUUCGAUAGGAAAAGGCCAAAAUGGCGAGCCUUGGUUUGAAGUUAGUCGUAGUGAUAAACCAGAGGAGGUUCACGGUGGUGAUAACCCUUCUACACCAUGGCGAAUGGCAUUUGAAGCAGCAGAGCGUGAUUUUCCUGAACGAUUAUUGGAUUUGGUGAAAGAGAACCGUGAUGAGAAUGGUUCAAUGAUGGUAUAUGGCCAAAAGUGGUAUGGGUUAAUGUUUGACUCCGUAAUAGCUGAACUACGAAACCUUCCUGGAGCCAAGACUAUUUUCGGUAAGAAGGCGGCAAAUAAUCGUCGUGUUUCUAAAGGGAAAAAGAAACCAGAGGAGCAGACUUCAUUAGCCGUUCCUGCUAAAACCGAAAAACCUGAAAAAGUUAGUCGGAAGAAAAAAUCUGAGGAAGUUUAUCACCCAGCUACUGCAGAGGGUACAACAAAAUCUACUGAUAAAACAAUACAAGGUAAAAAAAAGAAAAAUAGCAACACCUCCGUAAUGGAGGAUAAUGUGCCAUUAGUUGUUUUGGCAGCUGGAAGAGCCAUUGGGGUAGUAAAUCGGUGCCCCGAUUGUGGUCUCACCUCAGUUUUUUGUCCAUUAACAGGUGAGCGACACUCUGUUGGAGGUGAAGUUCCCCCCCAAGCCUCAACGGUACCAGGAAAGAAAACUCGAGGACAAGGAAAAGAUGCCAAAGACUCAAAAGAUGGUGAUAAAGUUCAACAACGAGUUUCACGAAAACGAGAACGCGUUGAUGAUACGAUAAAAGAUGGCACUAACACAACUGUUGCAUCUGAGGAAGGUGCUAGUAAAACGGUGACUCGUCGAAAGAUUUCCAAGGGUGAGGGCCAGUCUACAAGUGCCACUUCCCAAACUAAAAAACGACAGCUGAAGUUAGAGGCAAAAAAACCAGAGGCGGCAGUGUCUACAGAUCCAGAUGAUGUGCCAUUGAUAGUACGUCUCAUGGAAAGAAAUGCAAAGGCAGCGGCAGAAUCAUCAGAGCAACUACCACCACCACCACCACCACCACCUCCUCCACCUCCAUUAUGGAGACCACCACUUGCGGCACCGGAAUCUAAUAAAGCUUUACAAGUUCUUCAGCGUGUAAUUCGUGGAGAAGAGACAGCUCAUGUGCCUUUUGCUUCUAUGCUUCAUCUUCCACAAGUGACGGUAGCGAAGACAUCUGUGAUGAAAAAGACUAAAAAAGAAGAUGAAGAUCCCUUUGCCGAUAUACUUGAGGCAGAUGCUGGAAAUGUUGUUGGUGAGGAUGCUACUACAACAACAACUGCUGCCGCGGGUGGUAGUGGUAGUAGUAGUAGUGCCGUAGGUAAACAGGGUAAUAAUAAGAAACCUGAUGAUGGAAAGGGACGACAUCCACUUGAUAUCACAGAAUUAGCCACCAGUGUGUCAGGGAAACGCUACGUAAAGUUUAUGCAGUUAUAUACAAGUGAAAGGUCUAAACUUGACUUGUUAAAGAAGGCUAAUGAUGUUCCUGCGGUAUCAAGAACACGUGGUCCAACGAAGAAGAAUACUGAAACAGGUGAGGCGACAGAUCCUGCCCAUUUACCUUUCGCUUCUCCUCCUCCUCCUCCUCCUCCUCCUUCAACAGAGAUGGAGAGUGGAGAAAAAGAAUAG